AUGUCCUGGAUGUUGCGUAGCUUGUCGGCGAGAUUCCGAGGUCGCAAUUCGUCGAACACGACGCGAGCGACUUCUGAUCUACCGCCGGAUGCGCAAUUCGACCACAAAAAGUAUGUGAUGUGCAAAGUAUUGCUGCUCGAUGGAGCUCAUCUCAACAUCGUUCUUUCGCGCAAUUCACUUGGUCACGAACUUUAUGAGGAAGUAUUUUACUCAUUGGAUUUGGAGGAAAGAGACUACUUCGGCUUACAAUUUACCGAUCAUUAUAAUGUUCAGCAUUGGUUGGACCCGGCGAAAAAAGUGGUUAAACAAGUCGACAUUGGACCACCUUUCACUCUUCGAUUCCGCGUCAAAUUCUUCACAACAGAUCCAGCGAAUAAUUUGAAGGAAGAAUUAACACGAUAUCAAUUCUUUCUGCAAAUCAAACAAGACAUCGCCAGCGGUCGAUUAGCAUGCCCCCAUCAUAUUGCAACCGAAUUGGCCGCUUUUUGUCUGCAAUCGGAACUUGGUGAUUAUAACCCAGUGGAGCACACAGCUCUGUUUAUUUCGGAAUUCCGGUUUCAUCCGGAGCAAGAUGAAAAAAUGGAAUUGGAUAUUCUCGACAAAUACAAGACAUGCCGAGGGCAAACUCCUGCUCAGGCCGAACAGAAUUUUUUGAGCAAAGCGCGUUGGAUCGAGAUGUAUGGUGUCGAUAUGCACACCGUGGAAGGGAAGGAUGGAAACACGUAUCAUUUGGGAUUGACGCCACAGGGGAUGCUCGUUUUUGACGGAACCCAGAAAAUUGGACUCUUCUUGUGGGAAAAACUCCAAAAACUUGAUUUCAAAAACAAGAGAAUCACUUUGGUGGUUGAAGAAGACGCCGAUGUCUCGAACAACGGACAAAUCCAACUUCAUACUUUCGUUUUUAAUUUGAUCUCGGAGAAAGCUGCAAAACAUUUCUGGAAGUGCGCGAUCGAGCAGCACGCAUUCUUCCGCCUCAAAUCGAAACCGGUUCAGCAGAGUCGCAAAAUGCAAUUCUUCCGUUUGGGUAGCACGUUCAAGUAUCGUGGUCGUACCGAAUACGAAACGGUGCACAAAGAGGGCGCGCGGCUCUCACGUCGACAAUCGUGCUCUUUCGAACGACGGCCGAGUCAACGAUACGGACCAAGACAGAGUCAUGCGACUACCGCACAGAUGCGAGAAGCCAGAAGAGCUGAGAUCAGACAACAGGUGAUUCUAGAUGUGAAAAAGACCCGCGACAAGUCUAAUGUGAGGCAAUGCUUCAGAUCUACAAGUGCUAAAUCAUCAACAGUGUCAGUAUCGGAGCCUUGGAACAACGUCACGAAGAUCACCGUUGGUACGCUUGGUCCCACCGAAUCGCACAUUCCACGACCAGUAGCUCCUCCGCCACAUGGCAUCUCAACAUCCGCCUCAUUUUCACAUUCUCAAACGCAUUCGUCGAAAAUUCCGCGAAUGACAAGUCAUACGGAGCCACGCAAGUACUCCCACGGAGAAUCGGAAGCUCGCAGAUUCCCACCAACGAAUUGCCAACCGCAGCCGACGCAUAAUGACAUUCACUCGCGAAUCCCGUCACGAAUAGUGCCCCCGAUGAAGAGUCAUCGACGAAUUGUCACCGAUUUUUAG